AUGGUUAGUGUCGGUGUCAUUGCGUGUAACCUGUCCACCAUGAGCCACCGGCACCGCGCGCUCUGCUGCCUCUCCACCGCGCUCAUCCUGUUGCUGCUGCCGCACCGUCUGACGCGCAUCGCGGUGGCGGCGGCGGAGUACUCCUCCUCCAAAACCGACUUGGACUACGAGUUCGGGGACUACCGGGGCAAGUGGUGCAUCGACGACCACGGUUACGUUUAUGUAAUCGGAGAGGUUUAUUACCCGAGCCCCACUGCGUGUCCGUGCACGUGCACCGUGGACGGUCCCGUGUGCGUCCGACCCAGGUGUCCCCGCAUCCACCCCCGGUGCACGCGGAUCAGGUAUAAGGCGUGCUGUCCGGUGUGCGAGGCUAUGGCCAGGGUCUGUGUCUACGGGGGCAAAACGUACCGGCUCCUAGAGGAGUUCAGGUUAUCAAGGUGUGAGCGAUGUCGAUGCGAAGCCAACCGAGAGGUGUACUGCAGCAUUUCGGACUGUCCUGCGCCUCACUGCGUCAACCCUACCUAUGAACCCAAUCACUGCUGCCCCAUUUGUAAGACUGGUCCCAACUGCUUUGCUGGGUACCGUGUGAUUCCAGCAGGGGAGCGUGUGAACAUUGACGAGCAGACCGUAUGCUACUGCACCUACCGAGACGGGACAUGGCACACCCAUCCCCAGGCCACCUGUGAGCAGCGCCCACCGCCCAGCACAACACCCAGCAAGCCUACCAAUCCCCCUCGGGACGAAUCCAGGGGGAGAGGGGGGAGGCCGUAUGUUCCCAGACUGGAUGUGAUACCGUGAACUGGAGUGUUUAAUAAACGUCUCAUCGGGACAAAGGCCAGGGAUUACAGCAAGAAAGAUCUGUGAGCCUGAAAAGCUGUCCAGGAGAAAAUGUGUACAAUGUAUUGAAUUAUUAGACGUUCCUGUCCUUAUCUUGGUGGCGGAGACAUGUCCUGUGCAUUGUUGAUUUAAGACAGCCAGCCAGCUUCAAUCAGCACUUUAUAGGUCAGGAUUCGAGCCAUUCUGUCGAAUCGCAACUUUUCCGUCCCCAGGACGUUACAUGCAUAAAUAUCCAUGCAAGUAUCUGUACAAUACAUAUCGGUAUUGUACAAUACCGAGUAUCGGUAGUCCUCCACUUGAUCCUGAUUGUAUAUUGAAGGUUUAUUGUGUAUGUAUGUAAAGUAUACCCUGAAUAAAAAAAACUAUAAAAAAAAAAAGCACAACACUUUACCAUGAAAUUUCAUCCAUUUAUUAUCCUUAACUGCUCAACCAAACUCAGGUCAUGGGGGGCUGGAGUCAAUCCCAGCUGACACUGGGUGAGAUGUGGGGUGCACCCUGGACAGGUCUUUACCAUGAAAUGUAAUGACUGAAAUCCAUUUUUGGGGUUAUUGUGUGAUUCUCUAUCCAAGUUGCACAUAAAACGUGUUUUUUUUCAUUGGAAAUUCAUGUUCUCUUACCCUGACACAUUCCCACUCUGAAGACUUGGGCCAUAAUAGAGGUCACAUGAUUAACAGAAAUUAGGAUGAACUGAAUCUCCAGUUUGCUCCCUCUAUUUACUGUAAGUUUAAUCAUAAUGUAUGACUGACAAUGCCAGUCUCAAUAUUUUAUAGAUGCAGGAACCAUCAAAUGAAUACCAACACUUUAAGGAUUUUCCAUGCCAUUACAAUUUGUCAUGUGGCUACAGUUUAUGUAUUGAAUGCUGUGCCAAAAACUCUAAAAAAAAUAAAUAAAAAAAAGGCCACUAUCACAUAUUUGAAAGAGCACAAAAUAUGUGUAUGUUUAUAUGUAAGUGUUUUUGAAAAGAUACAUGCAAAUAGGAACUAGUUUGUAGAAAGGCCUGUUUAUUGGUACUGAGGUGUUUAAGCCUUUCCCCAGUGGUUUGUCAUACUGUAACAAUCCAACACGCACGCACACACACACACACACACACACACACACGUUGCCCCUAAGGCCAGCUUCUUAAAGGGCAAGACUUUUUUCACAACCACAGUAAAGUAUUGAUUUUGCUGUCGAUUUCCAUGACAAUCAUGAAACAGAAGUAAGUCUUAUGUGAUGCAUAGUCACUGUGUUGUCACUGCCAGCCAUAGAUAAAUUACCAAGGAUGCUAAUUAUAACAAUUUAGCUGAAAAACAUCAAGUCUGAACUAAAUUUCCACAAAUCUAGAGACAACAAAGAGAAAAGUUUCAGAAAGAGUCAUCACUUUAAAGUGUUGUGUGGUAGCUUUGAAAUGUGUGUUAUUGCAUGGGGUUAUAAAGUGAAAGCAGUUCCAACUGGUUCUUUGAGGAGAUGAUAAGCACACUUUCCCUUCAUCUGUGUAAGAAAGAUGACGCUGAUCCUGAGGACAGUGAGCUUGAUGUGGAUAUUCUGUUCCUAUGUCAGUGCUUGUAUGAGUCCCAGUGUCCUGAAGCAUGCCUCGACCUUCUGCACAAACUGGACUACUAUCUGGAUCUCAGUGGAGAGAGUCUCGACCCUUACCCUUGCUGUGCUGUGGCUUAUGUGGUCACUCAGUUAAAGGAGAGGAAAAUACAUCUGAACCUUGAGGACGUAAUGGUAUCAGAACAAGGAAUGAGACGACUAUUUGGAUGCCUUAAAAAUGCCCAAUGGAGUGGCCCUCUGCCACGGCAGCUGUGGGAGAUCUUCCUUCUCAAUGAAGGCCAAAUGGACUACCUCAGCUUACCUGGCCUUGAUGAAAAUGAGUUGCACCUUCCAGUUGAGGGUAAAAGACAUCUGUUUGAAAGAGCAGCAACAUUCAUGCAGAAGAGAACGACAAAGGUUAAUGUCUGCCUCCACUGGGAAAGGAAAACUCCAGUCUGCCAGAGUCUGUGCUGGUUCUUCUUUGAGGCUUUGCCACACAUCCGCUCACUCAGGUAUGUAGCUGUUGCUUUUCUGUGAUGCUGACUCCACAUACUUUCAGUUUUAUCCUUUUAUAAAACCGUUGUUGAAAUUACAGACAGAGACAGAAAGGAACUUUUUUUUUAAAUACUUUAUUGCAAGGCUUCUUACUUUCACAAACAUAA